AUGGCUAUCAUUGGAGCUCGCACACUGAUUUUCCGAGAGUUCCGUGCUUGUGGAGCCCCUACGUUCCAUGGGGAGAGGGACCCCAUUGUCAGUAGGAGGUGGUUAGCAUAUAUGGCUAACACGUUCAGGACGAAUUUUUUCCCCGAGGAGGCGAAGGUCAAAUAUUUUUCCUGCCAGUUGAAGGUUCGGGCAUGUGAUUGGUGGGAGGAAAUCGGUAGUAAGUUGGGUGAUGAUGCGGUCGAUGCUAUGUCAUGGGAUGAUAUCUUGACCAGGUUCCGAGCUGAGUUUGCACCUGAGAUUGAGGUACAUCUGCUGGCUCAGGAGUUCCUAGAUCUCCACCAGACUACUAAGACGGUGGCAGAGACCACUGCCAAGUUUCGGGAGAGGGCUUUAUUGGUACCACAGUAUGUAGCAGACGAGGAUAUAAAGAAAGUAAGGUACCCCGAUAUGCUAUGGGAUGACAUCAGGAAAUUCGUGAGUAUUUCAGGGUGUGAGACCCUGAAUGAUAUGAUCUCUAGAGCCCGAGAACGGAAGAUUGAUUUGGAGCACAUUGAGAAGAGGAGGUCAGAUCAGGUGCAUACUAUGGAAGGUAUGGGGAAGAGGCCCAAGACUUCUGACCAGCAUUCGAGAGGCCAUCAAGACCAGAGUCAAUGCAGCAUGUACGGGAAACUGCAAGAUGGGGCUUGUCGUUCCAGGGGUUUGGGUUGCUACAAGUGUGGCCAGGUUGGCCACAUCAGCAAGGACUGUCCUCAGGGAGCAAGUCCGUUAUGCUUUCACUGUGAUCGGGUGGGCCACAAGAAGGCCGACUGUCUGACGUUGAGGGGAGGAAUAGUGAGCGUGUCUGCUCUGGCUUCUUUGAGGAUCACCGAUGGAUGA